AUGCAGUGCUUGGCAUCGCAUCCAGAAACCAGGAAGGAGUUUCUGAAGGCCAACAUACCUCUGUACCUGUAUACGUUUUUGAAUACAAAUAAUCAAACGCGUCCAUUCGAGUACUUAAGGUUGACUAGCCUUGGAGUGAUUGGUGCACUUGUUAAAACGGAUGAACCAGAGGUCAUAGCAUUUCUCCUGGGGUCGGAAAUUAUACCUCUUUGUCUGGUAAUCAUGGAGUCAGGAAGUGAACUGAGUAGAACUGUGGCGACCUUCAUUAUGCAGAAGCUUCUUUUGGAUGAAGUCGGCCUGGCGUACAUCUGUCAAACUUAUGAGCGUUUCGCUCACGUAGCUACUGUUUUGGAAAAAAUUGUGAUCGACUUGGCUAGAGAGCAGUCAUUACGCCUUUUGAAACACGUGAUUCGGUGCUACCUACGUCUUUCAGAUGAUUCGCGGUAAGUGUUUUCAGCCUAACAAGCAGGGUUAUGCUUACAUUGAAAAAUGUCGUGUAAUCAUUUAAAGUACAGAACUAUAGUACAGUACUAUACGUUUCUUGUACCCGUUUUCUGCAUAAUAUUGUUAGGACGGACAACAUAAUGUCAGCGAUAAAGUCAUGGUUGAAGCAAUCUAUGGGAUAUUUGAUUGGUUGCAGGAUUUCGUCAUGCACUGACAUUGGUUAGAGAAGCAUUGGAACACCUGGGAGUACUAGACAGCUGUUUCGUCCUGUUGUGGUUGUUGUUUUUGCCGCAGUUGUCUCAAUUGAAUCUGACUUCUGUGUGUCUACUCAGUGUGGCGGACAUUUUCCUAGUGAUCAGUUGUCUGGAGACGCAAUGUAGUCAGAAUGGGUAGCAACCAACAAAUCAGUAACACUCCGUUAUAACAAAAAUAACAGAAGUAAUAAACUUCGCGAAAUAAUUGGUAAUAAUGGCGCAGAAAAAUUACUAGUAUCCUACUGGGAGCAGAAUGUUAUUGUUAUUCAUAUCACAUAGAAAGCAACUUCUAUAGU